AUGGCAAGUUUUCGCAAUAUCGCAGUUCUCGGCGGAACUGGCCAAGUUGGUCGACCGAUUGUUAAAGCCUUGAUAGACGCAGGCUUUAACGUUACAGUCGUGACACGGAGCCUAGGCUCGAAUCCAAAGGAAGUCAAUGGUGCGAGUUUCGUAACUAGCGACUAUACGUACGAGUCCCUUGUUAAGAUCUUCACGGGUCAGGAGGCAGUGGUGAGUGCCGUGGCUGCUGGGCCGCCUAUCGCAGCUCAGAAAGUCAUGGUCGAUGCGGCAAUCCAGGCCGGGGUCAGGCGAUUUAUCCCCAGUGAAUAUGGCUCUAGCAGCAUUGAUCAGCCACUUGAAGACUUCAAGAAGCUCAUGGCACCGAAGACCGAAUUAAUUGCUUACCUUCAGGAAAAGGCUCGAUUGCAUCCACAAUUUAGUUGGACGUGCCUCUCUGGAGGCGCAUUGAUUGAUAUGGGUAUUCCCUCCGGGGUCUGGGGUUUUUCGAUGUCGGAUAGAACAGCCACUAUAUUUGACACUGGUGAAGCUCGUUUCGACUCUAUCACAAUUCCUGCUGUGACGCGAAGCGUGGUGUCCGUUUUGCAAGGGCCUGCGGACAGUGCCAACAAAUAUCUGCUGAUAAGGAGCUUCACUGUUUCGCAAUCAGAGAUCCUUGCAGCGUUGGAGGACAUUACUCAGUCAAAAUGGAGUGUAUCUUAUGUCAAUGCCGAGAAUCUUCGCCAAGAAGGCUGGAAGUUGCUUGCGGGCGGCAAUCCAAAGGAAGGCAUCGAAAAUAUUGUUAGAGGUGCUCUCUUUCAAGGUCAGAAAGACAUCUCAGUGUCUCAGGAUGCCCUUGCGAAUACACAGCUGGGAAUACAGACGACAAAUCUACGAGAUUAUCUAGAGAGUAUGGUCAAGAACUAA